AUGUUAAACCAAAGAAUCUUAUGUAUUUACACAGUUUCACUAGUUAUUGCAUUAAGUCUGUUCUUUGGACUAUUAUUUGGUUUAGGUUACCCAGAGAUCAAGAGAGCUGAAUAUAUCCCUACAACAUGUACAAUCGAAGCUGAAUCUAUUAAACCUAGAUAUUGUUGCUAUUUAGAUUGUGAUUUAACUUGUCAAAAUGCACCUUCUUCAACUCCCAGUUGCUCAUCACUUGAAUCUCGUUGGAAUGCAUUUUCUCCCACUCAAUGUGUUGCCGCUUCAGUAGCAAAUAGUUCUCAAAAUCUUAAUGAUUAUUGUCCAAUUGAUGGACCUCAAGCAAUUUGUGAUAAUGGUUUUUACUGCUGUAGUGAAUGUUGUGAAACAUGUACAAGUUGUUCUACUAGCUGUACAGGUACAACAGGUGGGUGCUCAACUACUUGCACAUCAUAUACUUGCAAUUGCUGGUGUUGUAUCUCUACAAAUCAUCAAUCAUGUCAGGUCAAAUGUCCCGAAUGUUAUUCUGUGGAAUUAAUAGUGCAGUAUCUUCUUUGGGGAGGUGGUGAGAUUAUGACAUCAAAAAUCUCUGUGGAAUUUAAUCAGGCCUUAAAUGAUGCGCAAGAAUUUCUGUCAGCACAUCCUGUAACUUCAAAAGUGCGAUGUUAUUAUAAUCCAGAAAAUCCUCUUCAAGUUCUAUUAUCCGUAAAUUACUCAGUCCGAACUUGGGUUCUAGUUGGAAUAAGUGCAUUAAUUCUUAUUGUUAUGCUCUCUAUUGGGACUAGAUAUAUCUUCCACAAAGUUUCAUUCUUGGAGGAUAUUAAUCAUAAAAUUUUUUCUCUACAAAGUGGAUUAUGGAUUGGAGCCAUUUGUCCUUUCUUGUUCUUCCUUUUACUUCUGGUUCCUAUUACAAACAAAUAUAUUCUUUUGGUACUCUCACUAUGUUUUAUUGCUAUCGGUUAG